CAUUGGACGGCCCCGGUAAAGAGAGUCGCACUGAAGCAAGCCCCUGGAGGAAAGUGAAUCUAUUUAGAGAGGGUUGCACGAUCUUGCUAUAAAUGGCGGGAGCCUCACACUGAGAGUGAGUGUGUUAGAAAUUCCCCAAAUCCAAUCCAAUCCGAGGACAGGAGUGUGGUCUCUACCUCCGUCGUCGCGUCAACCAUUCCCUCUCCGCCCGUCCCUUUCAACCCCCAACCCUCCCUCACACACCCACCGCCCUAAAAGUUUUUGAUUGUUUCGUAGGGUUUUAAAAUUAGGGUUUCUGUGGAAUUGGAGUCACCUCCGAUUUUCGUUAGCUGAUGGAAGCCGCGGCUGGUGUUGCCGCUGCACGCGGCGUUUCUCUCCCAGUCUCCUCGGCUCAGGCUUCUCGCAAGGAAUGGCGCGCUGUCUCUGAGCAAUCUCUGAGGAAUUCCACUAGCGAGGAGAUGGAUCGUUCGAAGUUAGGGCAGUCGGAUGAAAGGUUGAUAUACGAGGUACAGCAGGGGAGAGAGCCUGCUGAUGUGGACUUUUGUUCAAUUACUAUUGAUGGAAACUUGGACAAUGAUCUUCUGCAGCAGAGACUUCAUACUGUUGUGAAACAAAGAGAGGAGCUGCAGCAUAUGGAGAUUGAGCUCCGGGCUCAAAUCAUUACAAGAUCAGAGAUUAUUGAAAUGCGGAAUGCUUUUGAUGCUGAAGUCAAAGAACAGGCAAAUGCCAAUAUGAAGCUUCAGGAGCAACUGCGUGAAAGGGACCAGAAGAUGUAUGAGUUGGAAAGAAGACUGGAAGAGAAAGAAAGGGAGUUGCACGCAAUAAGAUUGGACAAUGAAGCGCAGGCUUGGGCUAAAGAAGAUCUAUUGAGAGAACAAAACAAAGAAUUGCAAACUUACAGGAGAGAGAGGGACAACUCUGAAGCUGAAAGAGCUCAGCAUAUUAAACAAAUUCAUGAACUUCAGGAACAUAUUCAAGAGAAAGAACGUCAGUUUAUGGAAUUGCAAGAACAGAACAGAAUUGCAAAGGAAACCAUUCUUUACAAAGACGAACAGAUGAGGGAGGCCCAUGCUUGGAUGACUCGUGCUCAGGAGAUCGAUGCCUUGCAACAAGCUGAACUACGUGAACGAGCUGAACAAUAUAAUCAGCUUUGGCUUGGUUGUCAGAGACAGUUUGGCGAGAUGGAGCGCCUACAUUUGCAUAUGCAACAGCUCCAAAUAGAACUGGCUGAGGCAAGAGAAAGGAAUGGUACUUCGACUGAUAGUUCUCAAGUCUCAAAGGAAUCUUCAAAAGAUACUUCUCAGUAUGGGCAGAACAAUGGCAACAAACGUACUGAGAAUGGUAAUAAUGAUGCCUCUAGUGGAAACUCUGGACACAUACCAAAUGGAAAUGCCGAAAAUGCUUCAUCAUUAACUUCUAUUGGGAAUGUGUCAACUCAGAGUGAUCUCCAUGGUGUUCCACUUGCUCCUUCAUCUUUACUUGGGAUGCCAACCUUCAUUCCACCAGGUCAAAUUGCUGCGCUGCAUCCAUUUUUAAUGCAUCAACAGGGAGUCCCUCCUUCUGUUGCUUCACAGAUUCCUCAGUCUCAUCUUGGGCACUUCCAUUCUGGACCUGCAAUACCGUCUAUCCAACAGUGGCCCAACCAACAGGUUGCAUCUGAGGGUGGUUCGCAGAUGUCUAGUUACUCUAGUCACAGUCAAUAUCCUCUUCAAACUGAAUCAACCUUGUUGAGAUCAGAGUCUAGUUAUGAGUAUGAAACAUCUGUCAAUGGGAAAGUCGCUCAUUCAGAAAUUGAACAAAAGGAUACUGUGGGAGCUUCAAGUGAAGUGGGGCAGCAGUCUGUAGGUGAAAACUACCUCCCUAGUCCCCAAACCCAGCAGGCAUUGCAGCAUAUCUCUACACAAUUUCAUGAUGCUCUGAAGCUUGAUCCUCUUGGGCACAAUGAAUUCCAGGGGAAGAAUUUGAAACCUUCGGUUAAUCAUGAGCUAGAAUCUGGAGAAGUUAGUUCUGCUGCAAAUAAGUCAUCAUCAGAAGUUCCAGAUCAGACUAGUUAUUCAAAUGAUAAAGUAACAGAUGCCACCAAGAGUGCUGCUAUGCCUGAAAGAUUAGUUUCCGUGGGUCAGAAAAAUGCAUAUGCUGUUGGGAAGGCAGCAGAACCUGCUCUACUUGAAGAACAAGCAUUACUGGCUUGCAUAGUUCGCACAAUUCCACCUGGUUCUAGUGGUAGAAUUAGGAUUAGUACAACGCUCCCAAAUAGGCUUGGGAAAAUGCUUUCUCCCCUUCAUUGGCAUGAUUACAAGAGGAAGUAUGGGAAACUUGAUGAAUUUGUAGCAAGUCGUCCUGAAUUAUUUGUGAUCGAUGGAGACUACAUUCAACUUCGAGAAGGUGCUCAAGAAAUAAUAGCAGCCACAGCAGCUGCAGCUAAAGUUGCUGCGGCAGCUGCAGCCACAUCAUCUUAUCCAUCACGAUUACCUUCUGUUGCUGUUACUCCCAUGGCUCAGCCACAGAGGUUGAAGACAUCCUCACUUGAACCCACUUCUGGGAAGGUAGAGAAAGUUGCUGAUAACAUUUCUCAGUUUAGGGCAAUGCAAAAUCAGCACUCCAAUGGUGCUUCUCCUUUCAAUGUUACUGGAGGCAUCUCAAAUGUGAAGAUUUUAAUGAAACCUAAAAAUCCGACAGAGCUGAAUGCCUCUGGAGCUAAAGCAGCACCCUUGGUACAAUUUUCUUUGAGUAAUGGAAUUAACUCUGAUAAAAAUGAUUUAACCAGUUCUCCCAGAAAGGGUUCAGGGGGGCCUGGCCCAAGUUUAGUUGGCAAACAGCAAGACAGGAUCAUUGGGUUUCCAUCAAGCACUAGAAGAUAGACAAAGUUCGGGCCUUUUUAAAGAAUUCUAUUACUGGUGGAGCUGUCAAAUUUCCGGGCAAUCAAAUUGGAUGAUUCGUACUUUGAAGGCAAAGUGUGGCAAUAUUCUUACUCCCAUCCCAUGGUUGGAAGCAAUUUCUGGUGGUGGGAGUAUCAUUUUCCUUUCUGUUGGAUUUUCUGCCCAUCACUUUUUGUCUUGGCCAUGUCUGCUGUGACAUUUUAUGUAAAAUGGGCAUCUUUUGGACAUUUAAAACCUGCAAAGUUUUUCACCCGUUAUCUACAAUGCAGUUGCAAAUUAAUUUCCUAUUGCUCAA